GCAACUGUAACGAGAAAAAAAAUUCUGGGGAUUCAAAAUAUAUAUUUAGCUCACAAAAAAUAAAAUAAUUAUCUAUUAACAGAUCAGUUAAUUAUUAUUAUAAUAAGUUAACCGGAAGUACAUCAAUUCCAAGAAAUACUUUAAUUCCUAGAAGAUGCCAAACUCAAAUACUGAACUUAAUAAGCAUUUGAUCUAUACAACUUUAACUCUUAAUUCAACUACCUUAUAUACAUAUGAGAACUUUCUGUUGAUUCAAAAAGUCAACAACUUGAAUUGUUCAGAAAUACUAUCACAAGAACUUGGACUCAUCAAUGUUUCGAAAACCUUAGUUGGAUCUAUGUCUGUAUCAACCAGUCCUCUGGUAACCAAUUCAAGUCUAUUGUUAUAUUUCAUGAAAAAGACGAUGGUCAAUCAAGAUGGUAGUUCUGACUUGCUCACGGUGGUGGCAUUGGCAAGUGUCAAUGUUAACAAAAUGCUUGCAUUAUCGGUGUUGAAAAAAAUUAUGGAUAAAUAUAUUUCAUUUAAACAUGAUAUUGAAAAGGAAGCAAGUACAACCCCUGGUGGUUCAUCAUCAGACCAAAUAAAAGCAAAAUUGGGAAAAUUUAAACCAUACAUGAGUCAAAUUAUAAAAUUCGAAGAAAUGAAUUAUGAUGCAAAUAAUCUGGCUUACAGAUAUGGUGCUAUAAAUAGCGAAGGUCAUGACGAAGAAUCAGAUACUUUAUUUGAUGCGCAGGUGAUAAACCCCAACCAAUUACUUCUUGCCAGUGAAGAGGUUGAAGAUGUGCGUCAAUUGAUGUUGGACAACAUCAAUAAAAUCAUGAAUAGAGGAGACAAAAUAAGUUCAUUAGUUGAUCAAACUGAUAGAUUAAAUAAUUCAUCACUGGUAUUUACUAAAAAGGCCCAAUUGAUAAAACGGAAAAUGUGGGUAAGCAAGAUCAAAUUUACAUUGAUUGUGGGGACUCUGGUUGCCUUUCUCUUGUAUCUUCUUGUUGGAUCACAAUGUGGAUUCCCAUUUUUCAACCAUUGCAUUCAUUAAUUAAACAUACAUUUAUUGUUUAUUCAAAUUUUGUAUAUUAAUCUUACAACUAUUGAUUCAUUUAAAC